AUGAAAUUUUCAGCUUUACUUUUCGGCCUUUCCUCUGGCCUUCCCAUCUACAACUACGUCCUCGCCAAGCACCUCGCCAAGAACUACAAUGCUCCUUCUUUGAAUAUGCCAACACUCAACCUCAAUCCACUCACUCCAGCCCACAAGGACUUUGCCAGCCAAGUUAUCAUCCCUGGAAUGAUUGCUGAUCAGACCGAAGGUUCCCAAAAGUCCAAGAUGAACUGGUACUUCUGGAUGAAGCAAAACGCUGCAACCGACCUCACAAACCUCGGCAACCUCGCCUUGAUCCCAAUGAUGCAGGGAGAAAUCCGAGCCGCCCCUAAGGCUGAAGAAUACGUCUACGUCCCCGCCGCAAAGGACCAAAACUCCAUCCUCGGCACCGGCGGCCAAGACGCGUUCUGGAAUGGUCAAGGCUUCGAAGAUGUUUGGUACCCAAGAGGAGAUGUCAAAUCCAACUGGUAA